AUGGCGCGAAUUCACAUCUCACCGGCAUCUUUAAGGAGAGCAAAUUCAGCCUAUGACAUGCUCGACGAGUUAUACGACCUUGCGGAGAACAAGAGACUUGUCGAAGACGAGGCCGCCCGCCGAAAGAUCAAGUUAUGCGCACGGAAUUUGGAGUCGCACAUUCGAGAAGCGGGCAGGCUAUUUAUCGAAGAAGGGAGCAAACAAGUCAUGAGCAGCGAUGAGGAAAUCGCAAGCACUCUGAAAGCCGAAAUGGAACGACACAAGACCGAAGUUCUGUCUGCAAUGUCGAAGAAGCUUGAUAAUCUCAUGGCACAAGUCAAACAGGAAGUUAAAAGUCUUUCAAACUCGGCGCAGAUCGAACAAAACCGACGAUUUGCUGAGAUGCUGAGCGAAAUUAGAGAAGAAUUUCACCCAAAGCAACCGAUGGCACAACCCACUCGAGUCUCCAAGCGAAAGAGGCAAGAAACGGAUACACAGGCUGCCACCAGAGAUUCUCCGGAAAGAGCCAUAAAGAAGGAAUGUCUUUGA